GGGUGGAUAAAUUUAGAAGGAGUUCAGAGAGAGAAAGAGAGUACAGUCAAAAAAGGAAACUAAAGCCAACUACAUUCACAGCAGAGCGAAGAAAUGAGAGCAAAACAAUUGAACUUUAAUUAAAAAUCAUCUGCUUUCUUCAAAUGAAAGCUGUGGAAGAUUGAAAGUAGGGGAAGAUAGCACCCUUUGAAUCUCUGAGGCUCGUCAUAUCUUUAGUGACUACACUAUGUGGGCAAUGGUGACUGAGUUGCUCUUCAGCUUUGUGCUGUUGGCUUUUUUGGUGAUCAGCUGUCAAAAUGUACUGCAUAUCGCCAGCAACUCCGUCCGAUCGGUUCUGGCCCGCAUUCAUACUCAACUGGAUCAUGAACUGGGUGAGGAUGAAGGUCUGGCAGAUGAAGAGGAAAAUGUCACAACACGUGUGGUGCGACGCAGGGUUAUUCUAAAGGGUGAAAAGGCAGAGGAUCUUCCAGGAGAACAAGUAAGUGAGGAGCAGUUUACAGAUGAGCAUGGAAACAUUGUCACCAAAAAGAUUGUAAGAAAGGUGGUGAGGCGAGGAAAGGGAGAGGAAGAGAGUCAGGAGCUCAUCAUAGAAGGGUUGCCGCAGGAAGUCCUUGAGGAAGACGUUGAUGGAGAACAGUACAUGAGCUAUGCCGUCCUGGGCCGUGACAGCAAGAUAAUCUAGUGUGACAACUUACCCACCGAUGGGGCAAGAGGAUUCAGUCAAGCUAGAAUGUCAGCAAAUCAGUGAAAUCUUUUCAAAUUACAAAUGUUUAUUAGACAGCUAAAGUGUCACCAAUCCAAUGACAGAACAGACAAUAAUUGCUAUUGCUAUGUUUACACAUAAAAAUAUAUGCAGCAUUCAGUAUGUAUACUCAGCACGAUAUACACAUGUUUAACAUGUAUAGAAUAAUAAUAAUUUGUUACAUUUGUAUAGCGCUUUUCUGCAGCACUCAAAACGCUUUACAUAUGAAAGGUGGAUUCUUCUCAACCACCACCAAUGUGUAAAAUACCCAAAUCAGAUACUCAAAGUCCCAAAUAUGUCAGAACGUGAACGCUUUAUAAUACUAUAUCCAACAAUGCAAUUCAAAUUAACAAAUUAACCAAAAGCAAUUUGAACAUUUUCUAAUCUCUGGAAACUGGACUAGGUGAUUUUUGACGCCAAUUUAACAUUUGAUGAUCAUGUUCGUAAUACUGUUUAAACAUCAUUUUUUCAUCUUAGAAACAUUGCCAAACUACAGUUGGUACAAAAUUCUGCUGCUAGAAUUCUGACUGGAACCAGUGCAAGCGAGCACAUUACACCAACCCUGGAAAAAUUGCACUGGCUCCCUGUCAGUUUUCGUAUUGAUUUUAAAAUCCUUUUGCUCACCUAUAAGGCCCUAAACAAUUUGGCCCCUCAAUAUCUGUGUGAGCUUUUAACCCCUUACACUCCUACACGUGCUCUACGCUCUUCUGAAGCUGGUCUUCUAACUGUAAGGAAUAUAACAAGAAAUGAACCCAAAUGCAGACGUGACAAAAUAAGUAGGUUAUUGACAAAACAGGGGAAAGCAAAACAAGACGGGGUAAACUCAACACUAGACUAACACUAAACUUAACAUGACACAUAACAAACAAGACUAAAUAACUCUCAAAUACUCACAGAUACCUAACACAGGAACCAACAAGAUGCAACAAGACACCCGAGCACAGAACAGCAAACACAAGGACAAUAAAAAGGAACAAAAUAAAUUACAUACAGCUGAAAAUCAUUAAGAGUAAGGGAUCGGGGAAAAAGAGACGAGACCCGGGACAUGUGUGGUCAGAAUAACCCAAUACUAAAACCACGCAUCUCCCACAUAGAACAUGGUACUGCCAGGAUCCAGAACACAAAGACUAGAUAAAAUUUAACACAUGAUUCUGACGGGUCCUGACACUAACGGUCAAAACAACACGCCUAAAAACUAUGGGUGAUCGGGCUUUUAGUUGUGUGGCUCCUAAAUUGUGGAAUUCCUUGCCCUCAGAGAUCAGGAAUGCAGAAUCCCUGGGUAUUUUUAAAUCCCACUUUAAAACAUACUUUUUUAGAGUAGCUUUCAUGUGAUUACUUUGUUGGUAAUUGGCUUUUACCUUUGUAUGUUCAGUUUUAAUACAUGUCAAGUUAUGUGCUCUUUUUAAUUUCCUCUCUUUUUAUGUGAAGCGCUUUGAAAUGCUGCUUUUAAAGGCGUUAUAUAAAAUAAAGUUAUUAUUAUUACCAGAAAUUAUGACAUUUAUAUUUCAAAAUACAGACGGAUUAGAAGUGAAAUACACUCAUAUAAUAAGGUCAUGUGACAACAAUGUGUCAUACUACUGUUUAAAAAGCACAGCCUAUUGUUUCUCUUAAUUCUUUUUUUUU